UCCACAACCAUUUGAACCAUUUGCACCGUAGUUUUGCUGAGCGCGUAUUACGGAUACGUUUCGUUUAUGAUCUGGCAAUAAAGAUGGAUCGGAAGGCAGCAAAUUUUGUUCACUCGCAAGCUGUUUCUAGAGACUACAUAUCACAGCCUCGUAUAACUUACAAAACCGUCUCAGGAGUAAAUGGACCUCUCGUCAUACUUGAUGAUGUAAAGUUUCCUAAAUUUGAUGAGAUUGUGAGACUAACUCUUGCUGAUGGCAGUCAGCGAACGGGACAAGUUUUAGAAGUUUGCGGCAAAAGGGCCAUAGUCCAGGUAUUCGAGGGUACUAGCGGUAUUGAUGCAAAGAACACUGUAUGUGAAUUUACAGGAGAUAUCCUUCGUACACCUGUGUCAGAAGAUAUGUUAGGUCGUAUAUUCAAUGGUUCUGGAAAACCGAAAGACAAAGGUCCAGCAAUCCUUGCAGAAGAUUACCUUGACAUUCAGGGUCAACCAAUAAACCCUUGGUCACGCAUUUAUCCAGAAGAAAUGAUCCAAACUGGCAUAUCAAGUAUCGAUGUGAUGAACUCGAUUGCACGUGGCCAAAAAAUCCCCAUAUUUUCCGCUUCUGGUCUACCGCACGAUGAAAUUGCUGCCCAAAUAUGUCGUCAAGCUGGUCUAGUCAAGUUACCCGGAAAAAGCGUUCUAGAUAGUGAUGUAGACAAUUUCGCGAUUGUAUUCGCAGCAAUGGGUGUUAAUAUGGAGACUGCUCGGUUUUUCAUGCAAGAUUUUAAGGAAAAUGGUUCAAUGGAGAAUGUGUGUCUGUUUCUAAAUUUGGCGAAUGAUCCAACUAUCGAGCGCAUUAUAACACCUCGAAUCGCUCUUACAACAGCCGAGUAUUUGGCUUAUCAAUGUGAAAAGCAUGUGUUGGUUAUCCUUACCGAUAUGAGUUCAUAUGCAGAAGCAUUGCGUGAGGUAAUUAGUAGUGUUCUAUAAAUGUACCGUAAUUUGAAUUAAGUAAAGGUAUGAUCUUGGGGAGAGUCUGGACUUGCCAGCUACUGAUUGGAACGUGGGUGCGUAAAUCGAGUGAUGGCUCACAACUCUAUAUUGCCACAUGAACUGCUUUUCUACGCAUUGUAAUUGUAGUCUUUAUAUUAUAGUGUGCGGUCAUUGAUCCGUAUUGUUUUGUCAUUUUCCUUAAAACUUUUCAUAAAAUUCAAGUCUCAUGUACCGGAAUAGCUCGGAAAAUCGUAGAGGAGUUACCACACUAUACGCUACAUAUGCUGCGGAGGUAAUUAUUAUUUUCCGAUUAUUUAGACAUUGAUAUAAUUUUUAGUCUUGAGCCACCACUUAGUAGACAAAGAUUAUGAAGCGAGAUAAAUAAGGUUAUAUGGAUUUCUAAACCAAAAGUUCGAAUUUAGUUCAAAAUAUAUGUGGAUAAGCAAUUUUCACAAUAUGAUGCAAUGGUCCAUUAAAGUGAUUAUUUUCCUACCACCACUUCUCUCGGACUUGAUAAUUUUCUUUCUCUGUAGUAAUAUGCUUUGGGAUCUUGACUUAUGUACACCUACCGACUUGAGCCAAUGUAUAUUUUUUUCAAGUCUCACUUCACAUAAACUCUGCUUCGAUGGAACCCUUAUCAAAUAAUUAUUUUGACUGCUUAGUAAACCAGUUUAAUAUUCUUACCCAGCUGCUCAUUCUUAAUCAUCAGCUCUACCAUACUCCAUCUUUUAAGACAAUGUGUUAGAGUGAAGUACUAAACAUACGUUGGAAAAGUACUUGUUAACACGUGUUUGAACAUGUAAUGGUCUAGAAAGAAUAACUAUCGUUUGUACUCUUAACAUAGGAUUAUUUACAGUUAUUUUUACUAUCAGGUUCUUUCAUAAUAUGAUCUUUGUCGUUUAGGUAUCGGCAGCUCGUGAGGAAGUACCAGGACGUCGUGGUUUCCCAGGUUAUAUGUACACUGACUUGGCUUCAAUUUACGAGCGAGCUGGUCGGGUUGAAGGUCGCUCAGGGUCAAUCACACAGAUUCCAAUUUUAACUAUGCCUAAUGAUGAUAUUACUCAUCCUAUUCCUGACUUAACAGGUUAUAUUACAGAGGGUCAAAUUUAUGUUGAUCGUCAAUUACAUAACAGACAGGUUUGUGGAAAACUGGAGUAUUUCACUUACUGUGUUGUUAAUUAGUUUAUUCUUUUACAUGAAUUACUCUUUUUGAGUUUAAUGAGUGCAUACUUCAGUAUAGUUAGUUUAUCCAAGUUUUAAUGUCACCAAUGUGGCCAGAUAUUGAAACUGGAACACUCGUUUAAUCCUAGUUACGAGUCAUUUGACUUACAUUUUGGCAUAUGGGGUGUUAGGUACUAGGUUCAAAUCAAAAUUUAAACAUCACUGCCGUGAUACUGGUAGAUUCACUUGACAAUUACCUAGUAGAAUGGGACAUGCAUCAUGGAUUCUACUACUAGCCACAGUCUAACCAUACUCAGUUAUGCCAACCCAUGUUAUGACUUUAAUCAUGUCAGUGCGAAAAUUUAAGGAUUAUUUACGUUAUAAGCUUCAAAUCAUAUUAAAAUUCAACACACUAGUCAAUCAACCUGAAAUGUAAUAAUAGUGUUUGGUUUUGUUGUUAUGCAGUGUGAUUGUGAUUCUUAUAACCAAAUCUAUUUUUUCUUAAGAACGAUGAUACACAUUCACUUUGCUACAUAAACCCAUUUUUAUUUUAUAACCUUAAAAACUCAAUUUAUUCACAUCAAGUUUAUUAGAAAUGUUUCAUGCAAAAUUAAUAUUGUACUAUUUAAGUUUCUAAAACAUUAAUCAUUUAUUAAUAAUAAGAAUUAAUUAAAUUCCAUGCGUUACAUUACCUAGUACUAGUACAUCAUUAAUAGUCUAUUUUUACAAAUAACUGAACUUUUGAUGAAUAUAUUGGAUCCUAACUGAGUUAUUUCUUAUGGUCCCCGAAUGCCCUGGUAUGGCCGAGAGUGGGGAGAGUCCUCCCUCUCGAAACGCUUUCAUAGGACCACGUGUUUAUAACCUCUGCCAAGGAAGUCCUGCUCACUGCCUUCUCUCGGUGGGGUGUUGUUAACGAAAUUGGGAGAACGAGAAGCGAAUACCUGGCGCUUAAACUGCAUUGUCGGGUACGUAGUGUUCACCCUGAUUCAAAACCAAUGGCGUACAAAUUCAUUCUUGGUCACUGGAUGCUAUAAGACUACAUCUAACGUUGCUUCACCGCCUCGUGGACUAGGUCUGUAAGUCAAAGGUCCGGAGGGCGACCCCUUAAAAAAAACCAUCAGUUCAGAAAUCCGGGUAAUAUCCCAGUCUACACAACAAUUUAGUGAUUUGUGUGGCGCAUAUAUAUCUUGGUGUCUCUUUAGCAGCAAUGUUUGUGUUUGUGAACGAAUGGAUAAUUUUUUCUGACACUAAAUUACUCAUUAUUUCACUAUUACCAUGUCUCUUUUUGACGGGAAUGGAAUGAAAAAUCACAUAGAUCUAUCCUCCAAUCAAUGUGUUACCGUCGUUGUCACGUUUGAUGAAAUCUGCCAUUGGUGUGAAUAUGACUCGUGAAGAUCAUUCUGAUGUGUCCAAUCAGUUGGUAAGUUUUUUGUUUACCUAAAUUUUUGGUUAGUGUGCUUACGGAGGUGAUUAUGGGCUGAGUCGGUUUCUCUAAUUUAAUGUGAAAAAUUCACAGUGUUGAAACAGUUACGACCAAUGUUGAUGAGGAGUUUAUGUGGUAGAGAAUAACGCUAUUCAGUUGAAUACUCAUCAAAGAAAUUCUAUAAAGGCGAAAUAUCACUUACAGAUAUGCUGGAAAUCAAAUCGAAGCUAUUGAUAGGUUUUUUUUAUUCAUUGGUUAAUGCCGUAACAUGAUAUCUACUCUUUGUAUUCGAAAGGAUUGUUAGUAUUAUAUAGAGCGUUUUCGAUCAUAAUAGGGAUCAUGAUUAAAUGAAUGGUAUCGUCCUAAAACAUCGGCUUGGUGAUGCAUCGCAAAACUCGUCUCAAAGUUUUGCAUUAAAAACUGACACUGGCACUAACUGCUGACAGAGCGAUGGUUCAUCUGUUACCAUCUUCCGUAACUGUAAAAAGUAACUAUACUUAUAAGAUUUUCAUUGACCCAUCGAGAUUCUAUUCGAGGAUCCUUUUAUCAAACCGCUCAGUGACUUGAGCUGUUCGCGACUGAAGCCAGUAGCCGUGUUAUUGUAAUUCAUUAUUUAAUCCUUUGAAAGACGAAAGACCUUCAAAAAAACGUCUCAAAUCAUUGAAUUAUGUGUUCUGUUGAACGCCGUCCGAGGACUUAUGAUUUACAAACAUUUAUUUGGAUAUUGUUGUGAACUGAUCGUCUUUCCAAUUUUUCCCUCAAGCACUCGUCAGGGAUAUCCAACUUCAAGAGGCCUUAUUUUGCAACCUCAACAUAAAAUUGCUCACAUUGCAGGAUUGUCCCUACCUCCACAUAACUUCCUUGUGAAGCUCUCAAUUGUCAACUGUGUCCUGGCUUUCUCGAAAGAAUGUUUGGUUUUAUCUCUUGCAACGUUGCUAGCUUUCACACAGCUUUUGAGUUACAUGGAUUUCUCAACUAUUUUAGAAACUUGAUUCUGAAGGAUAGAUGGGAACACAAGCUCUUUCUUUUGGGUACUGUAAGAAUUUGCAUAGGAACUGUUGUUCAUUUCUAAUUGUUUAUUCUCUGUUUGGAACCACUCUUAUGGAUGCUAAACUUUCAGAAGCUAUACACAGUAUGAUCGGUCCACACAUAGUACGACUUUUAAUUCCAUAUAGUGAAUUUUUUCAUGGGUGCUAAGUUUCACUACCAUUCAUUUAUCCUCAUAUUUGUAAUAUUUACGCAUUAACAACUGAUCCUUCCAUUUUCUCUUCUUUAUUCUUUUUAUUAACAGUAUGCAUGUUACGCAAUAGGAAAGGAUGUCCAAGCAAUGAAAGCUGUUGUUGGUGAAGAAGCAUUAAGCCCAGAGGACUUACUUUAUUUAGAAUUCCUGACAAAGUUUGAGAAGAAUUUCAUUUCUCAAGGUGCUUAUGAAAACCGUAGUGUAUUUGACUCACUAGACGUCGGUUGGGAACUCUUGCGUAUAUUCCCGAAAGAAUUGUUGAAACGAAUUCCGUCAAAAAUAUUGGAGAAAUACUAUCCUCGUUAAUUGGUUAGUUGAUUUAUCCUUGAUUGUGAGUAUUCCUACCAUGGAAGUUGCGUUAUUUAUUGAUUGAAGUAAACUCGCAAUAACGUAUAUUAUCGUCAGCUUUUGCAUUCCUAUUUAUUUUCUUUCAUAGCAAUUAUCACUCAUAAUUUUCAUUGCCUAUAAUAUGUAUAAUGGUGGCAUUAUCCAACCAUCAUCACAAAUUACUUACUCAUAAUUAUGAUUUGAUUUUGUUUAAAUGUUCAUUCCAUUUACAAAGUUUCCCACCAUAGUUUUCUAUUACACUGUAUUUUCUCUGUUCUGGAUAUUCAAACACUUCACUUCUCAUUUUUCCUUCACACAUUUCUACAUACAUUAAAUCUUUCUAUCGUUUGAAUUUUUGAAAUAAACUGGAAGCAUAAUAUAAACACUAGUAGUUGAGGUAUCAUUUAAAUAGGGCUAUGGGUUUCAUUUUUUAUCUUUCAUUCGAUUUGAUUUUGUGCUCAGAACUUCUAAUUACCGAUAUUGAACAAUUAUAAUGAUAAUAAUAGUAAUAAUAUGUGUUCUUCACCAGUAAUGUCACUUAAGACAUGCAUACAUAGUAGGAUCAUAAACAAAGCAAAAAUGAUACUUGCUCCGAAUGAUGAGAAAUGUACCUUGUAGUACACAAUUCUGUUUUCCAAAUAGUUGAUAAUUUACAGAUAUUUGAAUACUAGUGUACACUGACCACACACACACACACAUACAUUGCUUUAAUUGCAUUGUGAAGGCUUUUUUCACAGAAAGAGAGAGGGAACAAGUAUUUCUCAGUGAUAUAUGCAGUUUCGAAGAUAAAAGCAUAUAAUCAGUUAUAGAAACUGUAAAACUGGAAAUAAAACGUCAUUUCGACAAACAGACGAAUAGUGGAGGAAGCAAAACAGUCCACUGAAGAUAUUACUCUUUACAAGCUCUAGUAUAACUCAGACUAGAUGAUACGUAGUGAGACAAAGAAACAGAUUGGAUAAAAUGGUACGUGUAUAGACACAUAAAACACACAUUAGAUACAAAAAGUAGAACUGCAGACUGAGUUACGAGAUAUAUGUGAAGGUACUGUAAUUAUUAUUGGUAGUAAAAGCAUUAGUAUCAGUAGUAACAUUUGUUGUCGUUAUAUGAAAUGAAUCACGACUGGGAAGCAAUGCAAUGAUAUUUGACUAACAGUUUUAACACGAAUAACGAUUCCUUGUUUGAAUUUUUAAAGUUUUCGUCACAACCUAACAUUAGAUGCUUAGCAAAAAUGUAUUUCCAAACGAAAUCCGACUGAUUGGUUCGUAUACUUCAUUGCUACUCACUAUCUUUAAAGUCCCUUCUUUAUCUGUGUUCACAAGCUAAUUACUAAUGUUGAAGUGUUAUGUGACAGACAUUCAGUCGAUUCGAGUUCCUAUUCGCUAAGUCGUACUACAAGAGUCGUUCAUAAAUAGAAUUCACCGUGGACAACACUCAAACCUUAGUCAUUCUCGUUGAGAUUUAAUUGUGUGAACGUAAGCACCAGAAAUGAUUAUGUCUCACUUACAUUAAAACUACCCAAUGUAUGUUAUGGCUUACUAUCCCAUGGAUUACAUUGAUUCAUUUAUCACUGAGAAAUUUUGUCUGUAUUUUUUCACAUAUUCGAUUUUCAUUCAAUAAUAUAACAUAGUCAACUUGAAUAAAUUAUCCUCUUGUAAAUACUUGCUUAUCGAUGUUGUGAGCAAAACGUUUCAUUUAAUGAUUGUGUAUCGAAUUGUAAUUAAAAGAAUAUGGAUUUCAUUUUUAUUUUGUGUGUAUGUUUUUGUUUUCGAAAUAGUUCAAUAAACGUGAAUUCGACCAUUUUAA